AUUAUAGUAAUUUUAUGUUUGUUAAAAACAGAAUAUUUUGUAAAAGAUAACUUUCAGUGACACUACUUUAAAUAUUAAUGUGUGUGUCGUCUGAAAAGUUCAAUGUUUUCCACGGUGGUGGCAGGACAUCCAGACGUUGGGUCAUCUUCAACGCUACAUCUUCCUCUCUUAAAUUCAGCAACCCAUUUUUGCGCUGUUGAUAAAGCUGGAGUGUCAUCCCCUAACAUAGCAACCAUGUCAGCAUGAAUUUCCGUUGGGGCUAAAGCCCUUUUCUGCAGGGACUUGAUAACAUCACGGUGCCAAAUUUUGCCCAUUUUCAAGUGAAGUUGCUACUAGUUACUUUUAAAGUCUUCUUUGAACAGUGAGAUGUCAGUUUACCUGGAAAGAAACAAUGCAGUUAUUGGCAUUUUGUGAUAAAAUUUCUUCUGAAAGUGUUACAAAAGAUGUACCUAGAAAAGAUGUACCUACAAAUGAUGCCCCUACACAUGAUGCACCUACAGAUGAUGCACCUGACUCCCAAGUUUUGGCAGAAGAUAUUGACAAUGCCUCUUUCAAAUGUAAAGAAUAUUUUGAACAUAAUCCUAUGACAUUUUAUGAUAUUGAAACAGAAAUGGAAAAAUACCGGGCACUACAACCAACUCCAGUACACAAUUAAUUCUUGACAAUAUUCAAUAGUGAAAUAAUAAUUACCAAUUUGUUGUUAUCAAUGUAUUGAUAGUUAUUUGAAAAUAAAGUUUUACUUCAAA